AUGCUCUCCCUCAGCCAGAUCGUCGGUGUCAUCGUCGACGAGACCCCGCUCGCCAUCGGACGCCUCGGGGUGGAGUACUAUGCUGCGGCGUCUGUUGGCCGCGGAUUUCUUGUUUAUAGAGCCGACAUGCUUGCCCCGUUUGUCUACUCUCCGGCCCUCCCCGACACAAUCCGGCAGAUGGCUGUCUAUAGUGAUAAGACCGUAGUCAUGUACCAGCGAAAGACAGAGCUCGAAAUAUACACUCGCGGCCGGCUGGUAGCAGAGAUCUCCGGGUUGCUCCAUCGGCCCCUCUGCCUUGUACUUCAGGAGUCGACGCUGGUUGCAUUUGAUGCGUCUGGACGAUACAUUAUAUAUGACUUGGAGCUUAUGGAGCAGAUAAAGCCUCCUAGGUCUUUGCCACUUGAGCACCCCACAGACACCUGUAGUUUGAUUAUGCACCCGGACACAUAUCUGAAUAAGGUCUUGGUCGUGACUAGCAGUGGAAGGAUGGAGCUCCAUAAUAUAGACAAAAACAAGCGGGUGACUGCGUUGCGGCAAGGACCCAACGACAUUUCCCUUGCACACGGAGAGCCCGUCGUGGGCAUUGUUAAUUCCCCAGAGAUAGAUGUCGUCGCUGUGAUCCAGCCGUCGCGAGUGUCAAUGGUGCACCUCAAGAAGCAGCGCGUGCUGUUCGCGCUUCCGUGCGACCUUAGUGGAGAUAGCUUUACAUGUGCAACGUUCUCCUCAGUACACGCCAUCGUCUUUGUGGGUACAGAGCAAGGGCGCAUCCAAGCCUUUGACCUGGACGCACGUCGAAUUCUCUGCGAGCUAAAGGCCCACAGCAUGUGCGUUACUUCGCUCUUCUGGCUACCAGACACAUACAUCCUUUCUUCUGGCGCGGAUAAUACCAUUCGGAUUCUGGGGUACGAUUCCAACCUGACUGUCAUACAGCAGAUUAAGCAUCGCACAGGGCAUCGCGGAGGCGUGUCCCUGGCCAAGUUUUACCGCGAGAACAGCAGCAACAUAGUGCAUGCAGCCGAGACUUGUCCUUUCUUGCUUACAGCUGGUUUGGACAAGACUCUACGAUACGUACAGAUCUAUCAAAGGAACAAUUCCGAGCUUUUUUCCUCCCAUGACAAGCAGUAUCCAUCUGAGGUCAUUGACUUCGACGCCUGUGAGCUCCGUGAUGAGCAUUGGGCAAAUGUUGUGACUGCGCACAGAGGAGAGGACUUCUGUCAUUUGUGGGCAUUCUACAAAAACAAGGAGCUAAUAGAGCCUCUUCCGGACAGAUAUCUAGGCCGGGAGGCUCUUGAGAAGCGGGAAAUGGCCAAGCUCAAGAAGGAGAACGGCGGAGUGCUUCCUCAGGACUUUGUUGAUGCUCGGGCUGCAGAGCGCUUCAGAUCCCGAUAUCGUGUCACUCUACCGACAAGUGUGAAAUUCAUCGAGAACGAGGAUAACCUUACUCUCGUAGCUGGUAACGGAGAUGAUGCCAAUGAAAAUUAUCUUGCGUGCCGCCUGUCGUCAGAAAGCGUCAGCUGCUGCGUGAUCUCCCUCUGUGGGAACUAUGUCGCCCUUGCUGGGACCCGCUCCAGUGCCGCCGUGUAUGCGCUACAGAGUGGCCGUCUGGUGGGGUGCGCUCCGUGUUUAUUCUCUCACCCAGACUGUCUAAACCGGUCUGUUGUUAGGCUAUCAUUCUCAUAUGACGGUCUGAUGCUCUACGCGGUCAACUCCAUAGGGUACAUCGUCCUAUUUGACAUCAGAGCGCGCAAAGCAGUGAAGGAGGUCAGCCUGCGCUCGCUGCUACCGGACGCAGAGGGAGGUGAUAUCGUGGUGACAGCCGUAGCCUUUGAUGUUAUCCGUGGACUGGUCUCUAUAACGUCGGCGACAGCACUCUAUGUUCUGGACAUAUCGCAGAGCUCUGGCAUAGCUCUCAGCCGGAUGCAGUCUAUCAACAUAGAGGUCCCCCAUAACUGCCUAUCCUUCUUUGAGCAUGGCCAGCGGCUCGUGUACGGAGGGUCUGUAGAUGAUAGCUCUCCGGAAAUGACCGGAUCCCAUGCUGCUGUAAUCGUGUACGACAUCCUCUUGGAUAAAAUCGUUGCCAAGCAGCAGUUCAGGGAGUUUUCUGCGAUAUCUUCUAUCACUGUGACGUCUGAUAAUACUGUGGUGGCAAUAACAUUCGUGGGUGUCCCUGGUGUGUAUAUCUAUAAGAACAAUGAAAAGUAUGGUCUCGGGAUAGCGCUAGAUGAUGCGGAGUAUGUAGAGGCUUCGUUGCAGGCUGAGUCAGCCGAGAAGAACAUUCGCCGCUGCUUGGACCUAUUGACAGAAGGCCCGCAGUCACUUGGAAUCAUUCUGCAUAAGGACAGUCUCCUGGCAAGCCGCUUGUAUGCCGUGGCAAUGGAUCGGCACGCGACACGGGAGCUGCUGGAGCAAUACGGGGGUCGUCUGCGCCGGGCGGGCUCUGCAUCCACAAAGGACCGCCUUCCAUUUUACAUAGGUCUGCAGGCGAAGGACCACGCACAGCUUUCACGCGCGGGCAGCUCUUGCUUCCAAAGGAUUUUCCAGAUGCCAAGUGAUGCUUCCUCGUUGCUGCCCGAAAUUACUACUUUGAACCACGGGAUUAUCGAUCAAGAAAUCCAAUGUCUUAAUGACGAUUCCCUCUCGGCAUUUUGUUCGCUGCUUGGUAGUUGGGCCGGCCAUCACUCAACAACAAGAACGUACGCUAGUCUUGACGUGUUCGUUGUAAUAUUCUGCUGCCUCCUCCGGUACCAUGCACUUACAAUAAGCAAAUCGAAGGAGCUCCUAUCGUCACUGCGCCCAGUUUACGCUAUCAUCGAAGAGCAGUACAAUCAUAUCACAAACUCCGUCAAUGUUAUCACAAAGCUGAUUGAUACAUUGGUCUAUUGA